UUGUCAUUCAGUCGAGUUACUUCAAAGCCUUCGCAAGUUCUCGUAUAAAAAGCGUUGCGCUUUCGCGUCAUCCGUCGCCGCCUACCUACGUAUAACAAUGUUACCGUUUUCGUUUGUGCGUAAAUAAAAACAUUCCAACGAACGAAAUUUUACUAUCGUUUUAUCGUACGUUCCAGUUGUUGUUUUUAUGGAUUUUACAACAACGGUCGAAAUUUAAAACGAUCGAAGAUCGGUCCAUGGAAGGAGCGGUCAAAGAAAUUGGCACACCGGGUGGCCAACGGUUUCGACCAAAUGUGCGCCAUCGUCAAGGGUCUAACACCCCUUUUACGUGUUUUCCUGUUAUUACACCGACCUAACACGCCCUAUCAGGCAAACUAAUACGUUGUUCCUACCUCAUAAUCGUUAAUAAUAAUAUCAGUAAUAUAUCAAUAAUAAUAAUCCUGUAUUUGUUAUUGUCUGUUGCCGAACCUUUAGAGAAAAUCUUUAUCGAAAUCAUAAUUACAAUUUGCCAAAUUAUGUAAUAAUAAUAAUAAUGAUUAUUAUGAUGAUGAUAAUAACAAUGAUGAUGAUACGGCGUUACGAAACGAGGUGCCUUGCGUGUGAAAUUGUGGCCUUAUUUAAACACCAAGUGGUUGUGUAACCUACCCGUUCGCAUUGCCUUAAGGAAUAUGGCCAGGACUUCGCUAAGAAGUUCAAGGACAAGAAAUUUGGAUAAUCAGCGACGAAUUCGAGCAAAUGAUAGAAUUUACAAUUCGCAGUUCAAAUAUGCGAACAACUAUAUUAAAACUUCGAAGUACAGCGUUCUGACGUUCCUGCCACUGAACUUAUUCGAGCAAUUUCAACGUUUAGCCAACUUCUAUUUCUUGUGCCUUCUCGUGCUGCAGCUGAUUCCUGCCAUUAGUAGUCUUACGCCAGUCACAACAGCCCUUCCUCUCAUCGGUGUGCUGGGUCUGACUGCUAUCAAGGACGCAUACGAUGAUUUCCAACGCCAUAGGUCCGACUCCCAAGUUAACAAUAGAAAAUCCCUUGCAUUUCGAGAUGGUAAAUUAGCACAAGAAAGAUGGUCAUCGGUGCAAGUGGGCGAUGUAAUUCGCAUGGAUAAUGACCAGUUCAUUGCGGCUGAUAUUUUACUCUUGUCGUCCAGCGAACCUAACGGACUUUGUUACAUCGAAACUGCCGAAUUGGAUGGAGAGACCAACUUAAAGUGUCGACAGUGUUUGCAAGAAACUGCGGAAAUGGGCAACGACGACAAACUGCUGAGCGAGUUCGAUGGCGAGAUUAUUUGUGAAACUCCUAACAAUCUCUUGAACAAGUUCGAGGGAACGCUGAUAUGGAAGAACAACAAGUACUCGCUGGACAACGACAAGAUACUGUUAAGGGGUUGUGUACUGAGAAACACUGAAUGGUGCUAUGGCGUCGUAAUCUUUGCAGGCAAAGAUACGAAAUUAAUGCAAAAUAGUGGCAAGACGAAGUUUAAACGGACUAGUAUAGAUAGACUUCUUAAUUUUUUAAUUAUAGGGAUAGUAUUUUUUCUAUUGUCCAUGUGCCUUUUCUGCAUGGUGGCAUGUGGUAUAUGGGAAUCGUUGGUGGGACGUUAUUUCCAGACAUUCCUUCCGUGGGACACGCUGGUGCCUUUGGAGCCACUAAGUGGUGCUACCAUCAUUUCCCUGCUCGUGUUCUUUUCAUAUGCCAUCGUGCUUAAUACUGUAGUGCCAAUUUCGCUUUACGUCUCCGUAGAAGUUAUACGUUUUGUACAAAGUUUUCUUAUUAAUUGGGACGAGAAGAUGUACUACGAAAUAACCAGCACACCGGCCAAAGCCAGGACAACGUCACUUAACGAAGAACUCGGUCAGGUGGAAUACAUAUUUUCGGACAAAACUGGCACGUUAACCCAAAAUAUAAUGACAUUUAAUAAGUGUUCGAUCGGGGGUAAGAUCCACGGUGACGUGAUCGACGAGAAUACAGGCGAAGUGAUUGAAAUUGGUGAUAAUACAGAACCGAUCGAUUUUUCGUUCAAUUCUGAUUACGAGCCCGAAUUCAAGUUCUACGACAAAACGUUGUUGGACGCGGUUCAAGCUUACGAACCGACAUACCACGACUUUUUCCGGUUGCUAGCCCUUUGCCAUACCGUCAUGCCGGAUGAACGUAAUGGUCGUCUGGAAUAUCAGGCGCAGUCUCCUGACGAGGCCGCGCUUGUGUCCGCGGCAAGGAAUUUCGGGUUCGUGUUCAAAGAACGUUCGCCGAACAGCAUCACGAUUAAAGUGAUGGGCAAGUUGGAAGUGUACGAGUUACUUUGCAUCUUGGACUUUAAUAACGUACGGAAACGUAUGUCCGUUAUAUUGAGGCGAAACGGACAACUCCGGCUGUACUGCAAGGGAGCUGACAAUGUGAUAUACGAAAGGCUGAAGAAGGGCGACACGGAAUUCAAACAGAAAACUCUUGAGCACUUGAAUAAAUUUGCCGGCGAAGGCUUGCGUACCCUAUGCUGCGCGUACAGGGAUCUGGGUGAUAAAUUCUUUAACGACUGGAAGCAGAGACAUCAAGAGGCGGCUGUAUCGUUAGAUAAUCGUGAAGAGAAGUUGGAUGCCAUUUAUGAAGAAAUUGAAACCGAUUUAACUCUCGUAGGAGUGACGGCCAUAGAAGACAAACUUCAAGACAAAGUACCUCAAACCAUAUCUAACUUAAGUUUAGCAGGCAUCAAGAUAUGGGUCCUUACAGGAGACAAACAAGAAACAGCAAUCAAUAUUGGAUAUUCAUGUCAGCUGCUUACGGACGAUAUGGUUGAGGUUUUCAUUGUCGACGGUUCAACGUACGACGAAGUCCAUCAGCAGUUACUUAAAUUUCGUGAUAGUAUCAAAAUAAUUAAGACGUACCAUCCACAGCCCCCAUCUCACGAUAAAGACAUUAGCAAUUCAAACGGGGUUGGAAUUUCUACUCCACCCCAGCCAUCUCCUGUCCAAGUGUCACCACCCGCAGUCAGCGUGGUCACAUUCAGGUGGGACGUCGUCAAUGACUAUACAGAAAGUCAGAGAGCAAGCACUCAGAUAGAGCAGGGUAAUAAUGAUCACGAAGAGAAAAGCAACGAAGAGUCAUUGUCAGAGUUCGCUAUAGUUGUUAAUGGUCAUUCUUUAGUUCAUUGCUUGCAUCCCCAACUGGAACGACUCUUUUUAGAAAUAGCCACUCAAUGCAAAUCAGUUAUUUGCUGUCGGGUGACCCCUUUACAAAAAGCCCUCGUUGUUGAAUUAAUAAAAAAGAACAAACACGCCGUCACUCUUGCCAUAGGAGAUGGCGCCAAUGACGUUUCCAUGAUUAAAGCUGCUCACAUUGGUGUGGGUAUAUCGGGUCAAGAAGGUAUGCAAGCAGUUUUAGCUUCUGACUAUUCCAUCGCCCAGUUCAGGUUUCUAGAACGUCUUCUUUUGGUCCACGGCAGAUGGUCUUACUACAGAAUGUGCAUUUUUUUGAGAUACUUUUUUAACAAGAACUUUGCCUUUACAGUAUGCCAUUUUUGGUUCGCAUUUUUUUGUGGAUUUAGUGCGCAGACCAUGUUCGAUCCUAUGUUUAUUUCGAUUUAUAAUCUGUUUUACACAUCGCUACCAGUAUUAGCGCUUGGGGUUCUCGAUCAAGAUGUGAGCGACAAGAAUUCUGUUAUGUAUCCGCAACUUUAUAAACCGGGUCAUUACAAUCUCUUUUUCAACAAGAAAGAGUUCUUCAGAAGCGCUUUACAGGGUUGCUACAUUUCCUUAAUACUAUUCUUUAUUCCUUUCGGCACCUAUUACGAUGCACUCAGUCCAAAUGGCCAAGUACUUUCCGAUUAUAUGUUACUUUGUAGCGUAAUAGCAACUAUAUUGGUGUUAGUUAAUACGGCACAGAUCGCUUUGGAUACUGCCUAUUGGACCGUUUUCAAUCACGUUACUACAUGGGGUUCUUUAGCAUUUUACUUCGGUGCCGAUUACUUCUAUAAUUACGUAUGGGGCGGUGCUUACGUGGGUUCGUUGACCCGUGCAAUGUCUGAGGCAACAUUUUGGUUUACGGCAGUCCUCACGGUAACUAUGGCAAUCGUACCCGUGCUCGCGUGGCGUUUCUACUUCAUCGAUGUGAAACCAACCUUAUCCGACUGUAUUCGGCUGAAGCAGAGGAUGGCUCAGAUGCGUUCUCGACAAAGUCAGGACGUGCUUAGAACGCCGUCCGCACGAAGGGCUCGUCGUUCUAUCCGUUCAGGAUACGCUUUCGCCCAUCAAGAAGGAUUUGGUCGUCUCAUAACUUCUGGAAAAAUCAUGAAGAAAUUACCUAAUCCUGAUUUCCAUUUCCCCUUUGCGGGCAUCGGAAAAUUCAAUAUUCAUUCGGAUAAGAACAGUGUUUCUGGGUCUGGAAGCAAGUCCCAAGCAAAUCAGCAUCAGCAUAACAAUGGUAACAACCCUCCAGAGACUAGUGGUGGAACUGUCAGCGGGAGUUCGAGUGGAAGAGCCCCUAUGCAAGACCUGGACACUAUUAAUCUAUAAAUUGUUAGAGUCCAGUUGUUUGAGAGUUUUCAAAAAAGUACGGACGUUUUUUUUUUGUUUAAUAUGUGUAUAUACUGAACGUAGUUUGUUUUUGAAAUUAAAUUAUUUUUAGUGUAGGUGUAACGCAAAAUUGUCUGAUUUUUUGGCUUGUUUAGUAGGAUGAUUGUUCCAAAAUUUAUUCGCAGAGGUAUUGACGUUCCUAAUUUUUUUCCUUUUGUUUAUUUAAUUAAAUUUAACAAAAUAACAACUUUUCUACAUGCCUUUUUGUUUAUAUACAUAUGAACAUUUGGUCUCGUAAUGAUC